AGAUUAAUCACCAAUAUGGAAUCUAGAAAUGACACACAUGUUUCAGAUUUCCUUCUCAUGAAAGUGACAGAGGAUCCAGAACUGCAGUCCCUCCUAUUCAGCCUGUUCCUGUCCAUGUACCUGGUCACCAUCCUGGGAAACCUGCUCAUCAUCCUGGCCGUCAGCUCGGACUCCCACCUCCACACCCCCAUGUACUUCUUCCUCUCCAACCUGUCCUUUACUGACAUCUGCUUAAGCACAACCACGAUCCCAAAGAUGCUGGUGAACAUCCAGGCCCAGAGUCAGAGCAUCACUUAUGCAGGCUGCCUCACCCAGAUCUGCUUUAUCUUGGUUUUUGCAAGUUUAGAAAGUAGUCUCCUUGCAGUAAUGGCCUAUGACCGCUAUGUGGCCGUUUGUCAUCCACUAAGGUACACAGUCAUCAUGAAGCCCUGCCUCUGUAGUCUGCUGAUUCUACUCCCCCUGUUCAUUAUCAUCGUGGAUGCCCUGGUGCACAGUCUGAUGGUGUUGCAGCUGACCUUCUGCACAGACGUCGAAAUCCCUCUCUUCUUCUGUGAGGUUGUUCAGGUCAUCAAGCUCGCCUGUUCUGACACCCUCGUCAAUAACAUCCUGAUAUAUUUUGCAACUAGUGUAUUUGGUGGUAUUCCUUUAUGUGGAAUCAUUUUCUCUUACACUCAGAUAGUGUCCUCUGUUUUGAGGAUGCCACCCGUGGGCAGAAAGUAUAAAGCGUUUUCUACGUGUGGGUCUCACCUGUCAGUUGUGUCUUUGUUCUAUGGGACAGGUUUGGGGGUGUACAUUAGUUCUGCUUUUACUAACUCUUCCAGAAACACUGCAGUGCUUUCAAUGAUGUACACUGUUGUCCCUCAAAUGAUGAACCCUUUCAUCUACAGCCUGAGGAACAGGGACAUGAAGGGAGCCUUGAGGAAGCUGAUAAGUAGAACUUCUCUUCUGUGACUGUGUUAUCUGUGUGGACUGGGGUUUCUAGAAUGAAUCAAAGUGACAGAAAUACUGGGUGAUUCUGAAUGUCUGAUUCUUGCAUCACCAACUUCUUCUAAAUUGACUAGGUAACAUCAUGGGCAACUUGGUUGUAAUUUUGGGUUGAAAUUUGAUUUGUUCUUUGUAUAGCUCUGUUGUAUUUCAAAAAUAAGUUUUCAUUCCUAAGCUUGGUGUUUUUGGUAGGUUCCUCACAAGCUGUCCCAAGGCAAGGGUUAUACUGAAAUGUUAAAAGAGA